AUGUCUCCUAACAGCGAUAAUGCCAUGGCCCGCUUCUUGUUCGCCAUCUUGAAGCAGAAGAACCUCAAAGACAUUGAUUGGAAUCAAGUGGCCGCCGAUCCCGUCCUCAUAGAGCCCAUCACCAACGGCCAUGCCGCCAGAAUGCGUUACUCCCGCUUCCGAGCCACAGUAACUGGCCAUACACCAUCAAAGAGAGGUCGGCCAUCAGAGAAAACAAAGUCGGGCAAGGUGAAGAAGGGCGUUCAGGCAAAGAAGGAAAAGCCCAUCAAGCAAGAGCCGGUCUCAGCAAACAUAUCAUCGUUCGCUCAGUUCUCUCCCGAAUCUCUUGCAUCGCUCACGUCACCUUACAUGGGAGAGUGCGAUGACUUCGACGCUCGCUUCCUUACCCCUUGCAGCGACGACAUGACACAGGGACUGUCCAUCCCUCCCUCUGCUCUCGAAGACAUCCGACAUUCGAGCGGGCUGAUGUUUCCUCCUCUGAGUGGCAGCUCAGACUUUAUGAGCCAUGCUGGCCAUGACCAUACCUCGACAUCUGCCUUUGACGUCGCCUACGACCUGAACUUUGCCUCAGGAGAUCUUCACAGCCAGGGCCUGUCUCACUCUGGCGGCUCCCAACCUCUUGGUGACUGGGAUGACCGAUUGAACGACCAGCAAUACUAAGCUGGUUUUAAUCUUGAGAUGAUACACUACGAAUACGAGAAAGAAAACCUCUAAAAAAAAGACGAGGGAAGCGCAGAGAGCGACGAAAUUUCUUUUAUGACUUGAUGAUACUGGCCACAGUUAGUGGUUAAUUGGUUUGGGCAAAUCGCUUUCAUCUCCAAGGAGAAGAUCGGAUCGGUUGGGAAUUAAGGAAAUCCAAAAUUACUACGGGGGUUCAUAAUAGCAUGUGUAUAAUAGUGAGGACGAGGUGGAUGAGCAUAUCCGUCUCUAUUUUUUCCUGUCUUUUCUCGUUCUCUUUCUAUCUCUUUCUUUCCUUCUUCUUCACUAUCUCCUGCUUUUUACUACUUGCUACCUUUCUUUUUCAGCUAUUUAGAUACCUAUGUUGGUAGCAACCAAGACUGAUUGUUGCAGCGCUG